UACUUACAAUGUAACAAUGAAAGAUACAAUUUCAGAUAUACGGAAAUAAAAAGAUACCUGAAUCAACCCUUAAGUCAUUAUUUGAAAGAGACAUAGACAGGAUGGAAGCCAUUGACAUAUCUAGUUUAAAAGAGCUUAACAAGGACAAGAAAAGAGGGUUAUCACCAACAGAACUCAGUUUGUCAGCUUUCGGGGAGGAUUACCAGUUACAAGUGGCUAAACCGGAACCCGUGUUGCACCCGGAAGUCAGGAUUGUAACCAGGAAUGAUGAUGGCGACCAAGAGUGGAAGGGAGUAAUACCGGAUUGCUUCUUGGUCGGUCACGUGACUUCACACAACGGCACUGCUUCUCUGUCACAUUGUGAAGGCUUGCCUUCCUACAACAACUCGUUCAGGGUUAAUAUUGCACUGCAUACAUUUUGUGAAAUAGUCUACGACAACCCAAUUAAAUACGACAUAUUCUAUCUUCAUAGUGGGCGGAGGCCGACGGACGUCGGGGGACGUGCGUGGAAGAGCGGAGCCUGCCAGCGCACUAAAUGUGGUGCUGACAGAGGGGAAGUAGUGGCGCAUGCAUCUACCACCCACGAACUGGGACACAUGUUGGGAAUGAGCCAUGACAAGGAUGCAGGGUGUACCGGAAGUGACACAGGUGUGAUGGGAGGACAAGGGACACGCUGGAGUUCUUGCAGUAUCAGAGACUUUGAUAAAUUUCUACAAAAAGAAGGUGCUCAGUGUCUGUUUCGAGAAGAUGUUUCAAAUAGCGCUAACUACGGUCCCCUUGAACCAGUCCUCAUGGGUCAGAAGUACAGUGCAGAUGAAAUAUGCGAGCUAAAUUAUGGUCCUAAUUUUCACUACCGGAAUUUCUCGUACCUCCCGCCAUGCGACGUUAUAUACAGCUGUGUGGACUAUAACGAAGGCGAAUUGUUUGGGCGAAUGUUUACUAAAUACAUUAGCGGUCCUCAGGGAAUUUACUGCGAUACAGGGAAGAUUUGCUUAUAUCGAACUUGUCAGACGUUUGCAGAGGCUAAAGUAAAACCAGGCGUUGUUAGGCCCGGGGGAUGGGGACCGUGGACAGAUUGGAGGCCCUGCUCCAGGACUUGUGGAACUGGACUAACAUACAGAAGGAGACUUUGCAACAGUCCUAGCCCUUUGAACCACCCAGGCUGUGAAGGCGGUGAUGACAAUGGAUAUGAAGCCAGGACUUGUAAUCCCGAGCCCUGUCCCAACGACAGUUCCGACAUAAACACGCUAAUAAAUCAGCGGGCAUCUGAAACCUGCAGUAGAAUGUUAAAGAAUAAAGUAUUGGACUCUACAAAGUACACAUCGGUUGGGAGGAAAAUGGACUGGCAUGGACAUUUGAAAUGCGAGGUGAAGUGUGAAUCGGUGCCGGGGUACCGUACCUACAGUUAUGAUAGGUUUGGCUUAAUCCCCCAGGGAACUCCUUGUGAGGGACUCAUUGAAGAAAAGGACAAACCAUGGUCAGAAUACAGCUUUAGAUGUCUGGACGGAUAUUGCAGGUUUUUCGGUUGUAACGGAGAGCUGAACGCUAAAUAUGACGUGUGUGGCGUGUGUAAGGGAGACGGGACUACGUGUGACGUGGUGAAAGGAUCCUAUACGGAGACAACAGCACGAUGCACGUAA